AUGGAGUCCACCACGACCUCCUCGUCCCAGUCCUUCGUCCCUCUCUUCGACAAGCUCCCUUCCCCGAGUCGUAACUUGUCGACGGCCUCGUCCAUCUGGGCCCCGCAACCCCAGCCGUCCGACACGGCCUGGUCCAGAGCCAUAGAUUCUUUCACUAGAGUCAACGUCAUCAACAACGCUACUCGGCCGGAAGCACGUCGCACCACGUCAUUCCCUGUCGCCUUCGGGGGCGAAGACGUGUUCGGUCCUGUUGGUUUCGUUGGCCAUCGCAAGAGAGACGUUGGCGCCAUUGGGGAUGGCCGCAAAAAGGUCUCUCCGACUUCGGAUGAAAUCCAUGUUGAACAGUUACUUCGCAGUCUCAACCUUAACUCACCCGCACCCCUAAUUCCCCCCUCCUCCUUUCCCCCUCCGUCCCCAACUUCUCCUGAUCUAUCACCUAUCUCUAAUACGUCUGCUCUUUUGACCCCUACCGAUCUAUCCCCUGCAAAAAUGUUUGACCCAAAAUUUGCGCACUACGACUUUGGUGGCGUCUAUUCUUCGCAACCGAACGAUCGUCUGUUCGAGACAAGUGCUCCGCACGGGUAUCACGAUGGGCUGGCUGGAUCGAACCUAUUCCGCAACUCUAGCUCCUCUUUCCCGUCCUCGCGAAAUGCUUCUGCUUUCCGCGCAGAGUCGAACGCCUUCCCGGUUUUUGAACCGUUUUCCGAAGGUCCUUCCCCGGCUCCCAGUGCUGCGCCUUUCCUUCGGGAUUCGCAUUCUAUUCGUCAUCGCGUAGAUUCUUCUCCCGUGUCUCCUGCUUACUCCCAGCGCCUCCGCACGUCGUCUGAGUGGGUGAACGAGGAGAGACGUGUCGUUGACUACACCUCUGCGAUCCUUGACAAUGACCCUGUCUUACGCACUGUGCAGUCUUCUCACUUACAGUCUCAAGGUCCAGGUCCGUCUCACGCUCACGAGCCCAUUAACUUCCUUUCUUUGCUCCAUCCUUCUUCGACCCCUCCUUACCAUCUCUUUGUGUCUCGCAUCAUCAAAUCUUCUGAUCAGCAAGCGUCGAUCUUCCUUCAGCAAAAGCUCAAGGUUGCGGAUUCCGAGGAACGCGCCAAAAUCGUUGACGCUAUAUGCGCGAAGGGUUUUGAGAUGAUGGCUCAUCGCUUCGGUAAUUGGGCCGUCCAACGCUGCCUUGAGGCUACGGCAAGUAUAGAGGAGCGCAGAAAGAUCGUAGGCUGCAUGAGGGGUCGCGUUGUCGAUCUAGCCACCAACUGCUACGGCUGCCAUGUGUUGCAGAAGGCGCUCGAUUGCGAGGAGGAUAUCCGCUUGUUGAUCGUCUCUGAGCUUCUUCUCGGUGAUCCGGCGCAAACCCUGGUCAAUAAACAUGCUUCUCAUGUUUGGAGCAAGAUUAUGGAACUGACUUGGACGCCUCCUGCGCCCCCAAUCUUUACUUAUGUUAACAAGUCAUUGAAGGGGAAGUGGGCGUCUCUGGCUUGCCACGAGACGGGCUCCCUUGUCGUUCAGCAUGCCUUCGAAAACCUUGAAGAAUCGGCCAAGGACGGUAUCGUCGACGAGCUUCUCAAUCAAGGACCGGAUGUCUUCGGCGAAGUUGCGAAGAGUCAGUGGGGCUCCUAUUGUGUGCAGCACAUUCUCGAGCACGGAUCGAAAAGCCACCGCGACAUGGCCCUCGACCAUCUUCUGUCAGGUUUACUCGAUUAUGCCACUAACGAGCAAGGCGUCAAGUCAGUCACGAAGGCGCUCAAGGAAGGCGGCAAGGAGACUCUCGAUAAGCUCAUGAAGCGGAUGUGUGAGCCUUCCAGAGGAGGCCGCCGAGCAAUGAUCGUCGAUUUGGCGCUUUCCGUGACGGGAAGCCAGUUGAUUGCGAGCGUGUUACCUAACGCCGACAAAGACCAGCGCGCUCUUCUCUACGAGUCUAUCCGUGGGCACAUUGUGACGUUGCGUGGCUGUAAGACGGGAUCCAAGGUUAUUUGGUUGUUCGAUCGAAUGCGCGCAUACUAUGGCUACUAG